AUGAUAACGAAGGCAGUAGAAGCUAGUGGAACAGUUACUAUUACAACUGUAACCCAGCAACUAUUUCGAACAAAGAUGGAUUUUAAUGAAUGUUUCAUUCAUCCAAAGUCAUUCUCUUUAGACCCUAACAUUUAUACAGAACUUGUAGAACAUUAUACAAACGAGGCUUUAUGUUUUCCUGUUAAAGUUAUGGAUUGGAUUCCUAUGGACGGUUCAUUCUCAAAGAAUACAGAUAGUUCAAGUGCAACAUUUACAGCAGCUUAUACGCCUAUUAAUGUUAAAAGUAUUUGGGCACUAUUUAGAAAGAAAGACAACUAUUAUGUUAAUUUUGAGAACCCUAAGUUUAAAUAUCUUCAGCUUUCCAUGGGAGCUUAUGGAAAUAUGCCUGCAGAACCUGAAAAAUCAUAUGGACCUGUAUUUUAUGAAAUGGUUGCGAACGCUUGCAAUACAAACAAUGAUAUGAUAGGAUUUAAUGAAGAUGUUAUGAGGUCAUUGGUGGAUGAUGGUAGUGUGGAACAUAAAUGGGAUAGCUAUGACAACACACAUUUCUUAUGUGGUUUUCCAACAGAAGUGGACUUUUGCUUCCAGCAAGGUCAAACAUCUACUGCUCCAAUAA